AUGAACAAUUACAAUUCCCAAUGGGUCUCCUUCCACAUCCGGGACCAUCUCAAGGAUGGCGAGGUCUCAGUGCACCACACUGUGAUUGAAGGUGGCGAGUUUUACAACCCUGAAGACCGCCGCAAGUCCCUCACCGAAGAAGAGAUCGACGAAAUCAAGAUCUCGGGUGGCGGUAUUGGGGAGAUUGGUGCCCAGAGCCGUCGGGGCAGUGAGGGCCGUCUAGACCUUUUUCAUGGCGAUGCCAAGAUUUGUGAGCUUCAUUGGGAGAAUCGUGGCGGAGAGUAUGUCAACUUGGUUGAGACACUUGAUGAAAGUGAAAAGUAUAGAGUCGUGCAUGGGGGAUGGAGCCCAGAGGCUGGCCCUCUGGGACACGUCUACGUUGACAUCACGGCGAGGAAGAAGAAAUAG